GCUCCAACAAAAACAGCAUCAUCAACCACAACAGUUGCUCCAUCCACAACAACAGUAGCUUCUCCAACCACAACAACAGUAGCUCCAACCACAACAGUAGUUCCGACGACAACAACCACAACCUCUACCAAUGCUCAAACAACUACAACUGUUCCUACAACAGCCACAGUACCCCCCGCAACUACAACAGUGACUAGAACUUCAUCUGCUCCUCCAACAACAACCACCACUAAUCCUCCAGCAACAUCUAGAUUUGUUACUCCAACAGUGACCACAAGUCCUCCAACAAUUACAACUGUUAAUCCUACCAUAUCCACCAUUGCACCUACAACUACAGUUUCUUCAACAACACCCACUUCAGCUGCUUCAACAACUACAGCUGUUCCUCUUACAAUUACUACUGUUCCUCUUGCCAUAACCUCAAUUUCAUCUGCAACAACUACAGUUGUACCUCUAACAACCACAGCCAGUCCAACAACCACAGUGGUACCUCUAACAGCAACUACAGCAGCACAAACAACUACAGCUGUUCCUUCAACAACAACAAUAGCUGUUCCUCCAAUAAUGACAACAGUUGCUCCAACUGCUCCUCCUGUCAUAACUACAGUUAUAACAGCCACAGUUUUUCCAACAACUAUCAGCCCUGCACCAACAACCACUGUUGUAACUCAAACAACCACAGUUACCCCAACAACUAGAACUACACCUACAUCAACCACAGUUGCUCCUUCAAAUAUCACAGUUACUUCAACUACAUUUGUUCCUCAAACAGCUGCAACUAAUCCACCAGUAACCACCACAAUUGUACCAAGAACUACAAUUCCUUCUACAGUAACCACAACCAGAACUAGAACCACAGCUGCUUCCACAAGUACCACCUCAGCUGCAACUGUUCCUCUAACAACAACCAUCCUUCCUCCAGCAACUACAGCUAUUCCUCCAACAACUACAGUAGUUUCUGCAACUACAGCAGUAGUUACAGAACCAACUACCACUGCUGGCUGA